ACACUUGAACACCCACCAUGGAUGACUUUGAACGCCGUAGAGAACUCAGGAGGCAAAAGCGUGAGGAAAUGCGCCUUGAAGCAGAGAGGUGAGGUUGCAUGGAAUAUGUGUCGGUGACUUGACUUUUAUUAGCAAUGGCUUUGAGGAUUUUUCUUUUAAAUUCAGAAGUUUGCUGCAGCUAACUGAAGAGUCCUUGCUAAAAAUAUGUGCCAUAAAAUGCCUUUAUUUAAUAUCAUGGGAGAAGCUGGACUUCAGUGGUGUCUGUUGCCUGUAUCCCUUAGGGCGUUAUAAACUGGCUUCCAGUUAUUUUGCAGAAUGGAUGAACGUGAACAGUGAAGGUGAUCUAUGGUAAUGUGAAACUACUGAUAGGAAAACUCAUGCUCAUGUGAGGGAGUGUUUGCUGUACAGAACAGAUUUUGUGUUUUUAGAUGCUGAGCUAAAAUUGCAGGUUUUCAGUUGAAAGCUGAGACACCCUUGCUGGAUGUGGUAUAGUAUAUCUGUGACUUGUGUGCCACUGCUUUGCAAUUGGUAUUAUGUUUAAUGUGCCUGUCGUUAUUUAUCUACAGCCACUUCAUGUGGGCAAUAUGGGCAGCAUUUCCUAUCAGUUAUUCCAGAUUACAGCUUUACUUUGCAGUUGAGGACAGAACUUGGCAUGGGUGUGAUGAUGUCUAUUUAUGAAAAGAAGCAGCAUGAAAAUAUUAAGAAUGAUAUUUGUUGAACUUCCAUUUCAUAUUUGUACAGAUCCAUCUGCUUUAAUAGGAUUCCCGUGUUUUACAAUGGAGUGAGUGGAGAGAAAGGCCCAAUUUUGUAGUAUUUAUUUUGAUAUAAAGAUUUGAUGUAGUUUAUUAACACCAUAGUGAUUUUUUAAAAAAGGAACUUAGGUUUAAGCAUAUUUUGUUCUCGCUUUUGUGUUUAAUUUUACAUAUGGACUUCUUUUUUUUUCUUGACUUUUCCAUUCACUAACAAAAUUAUGGUGUUUCAGGUUCUGUGUGCUUUAGACAAAAUACUUUUUUUCCUAAGCAUUUUAAAAUGAAAUCAGAAAUCAGCAGAAUGCAAUACCAAAUAUAUUUUGUAUGUCUGCAUGGAGCUUUUUAAUAAAGCCUUGCUUACAUAGUAGAGCUCUCUGAUACUCUGAUAGUAUCUAGGGUGAACUCCCAGACAGAUGAGAUGGAAUAGUGACCUUUCUUUUGAAAGGAAAUGUUGCCCUGCAGAACUGGGCUUCUGAGCUCUCAUCAGGCUGUAAGUAGAAUCCAUGAACUCUGGAAGACAGCAUUGCUGCCUGCAGGUAAAUAAACUUACAUGAGGUAUGGUGACCAAAGGGAAAUGAGGUAGUCUUCCUUUGCAAACCAGCAUCACCUGGUUCGUGACUAAACCCAAAAGAAAGAGAAGCAAAUGUGCCGUGUCAUGAAGUGACCUUCUUAUCCCAGAAGGUUCUUCUCCAGGCCAGUAGUAAUAUAUUUUGGUUGGACAGAGUGGGAGGAAUUUCAGAGCCUGUGCCAGUGCAAGCCUGGCCUGCUGGGUAAGCAGAGCUUCUGCUUCCAGCGGUAUCUAGCUUGCACUUCCUAUUGCAGCAUUUAUUUAGGCAGAAAUGAGAUGAAAUGAAGGAAGGUGUGUGCUGUUGCUGUUGAUGCAGGCAUAAAUGCUGAGCACAUACACCAACUGGAAAGAAGUCUGCUGUUUAUCCAAGAAGUCAAAAAUGCUCAGAUAUAUUGCAUGCUGGAAAUCUGGUCUGAGGCCCAUUUACACUGAAUGUACAUUCACUGCGUGUACAUUCAUUUUAGCAGAUUAUUAACAGCAUUGCAUAAUGAGAACAUAUGAUAUUCUUAUACUUCUAGUACACUUCUACUCUACAAAAAACAACAUGCUUUUAAAAGAAAGGCUAAGAGUUUAAGGUUUAUUGCUAAUGCAGUUACUCAGAUGCUGUAGAGGAUUCUGGGGCAUGUAGUCUAAAAGGUAUUUUCUACCAUGGAAAAAGUCACAUGAACUUCUCUGUAAAAUCAUUCAAACUCUUACAUGAAUACGCUGAGACUGCCAAGUGAUUCGGGUGCCAGUGAUGUCAUGUGUCCAUUUUGUGGAUGUGGUGAAAGUUGCAGGGGAUAAUGGGCUUGCCAUUGGAAAUAGAAAUUCAGUAUAUCCAGUGUGUCAGUAAGUCACUGUGUAACACAUAGGCUGGCUGUCUCUGUUCAUACUGAGGGAAACUGAAGCUCUUGGGGGACAAAAGCUGCAGUGAACAGCUCAAUGGUGACCUCUGAAGGACCCAUUCCUGGGAAGCCCUAAGGGUUGAUGUCUCUGUCUCCCUUAAGUGAACAGGAAGGUGGGAGGUUGGGGCAAGAGAGUGAUGGCCUCUGAGGUAGUAUACAGCCCCAACUUAUCCAUCCAUGCAUCCUUCUGGGAGGUGUUUUUUGGCAGUGCUUGAAGUAGCUGUGCUGUUUUUUGUUGUUGUGGUGGUGGUGGUGAUGGUUUUUUUUUGUGUGUGUGUGGUAACCUUUGUGGAGGAGACAAAAUUGAUGCAAGACUGGCUGGAGGAGUAGGGCUUGGGUCUGCUUCUCUGUUUUCUGCUCAGUCGCUGCAGAAGCACUCCGUGCCCUUUCCCACACAUUUAAAGACUUUUAGCAAUAAAUUGCUGUAUGCUAAAUCUUGCUGCACUCCCUCUGCUGCUGCCAACUUCAAGCAUUCAAGUAUUAUGAGUCAGACCCCUUGAAAGUCACAAGACUGCUUUAAAAAUCUUGAGAUCUUAAAAAUAAUUUAGUCUGGCCUUUUUAUUUUGGGUUUGCCGUAACAAUAACAGGGCCUGAUUCUCAAGUUUGGAUGUCUCUUGGAGCUGGGACUUCACGAAACCCACCCCAGCAGGGGCAAGGUCAGGAAGAAACUGAACGUUGGUCCUUUCUGCAUAGCAAAUGGAGCUGAGGGCCAGAAGGGUUAAGGCAUUUAUUAGCAAAUGAAUAUGAAACUCUGAGUUAUGCUUGGUGAACUCACAUUUUAGGGAUUUCUGGAUCAUUCUCACCUUUAAAUAUAUGACUACAACAUGUUUGUGUACGUCUGUUCUCCUACCUUAAACCACAGCAAUCUGCUAGCCAGACCUCCCUUGGUCUGAACACUUUUGGGUGUUUUAUCAAGUGAAAAUAGUGUGUUCCUGAGGAGCAGCACGGGGGCUGAAAAUGCAGUGUUUGCUCUGAGCAUUGGUACCUGCUGUGUAGGCUGUAACCUAUUUUCUAGGUCUCCCAGAAACUGUUUAGGCUUCUUUGAGUCAAAUAGUAAAUGCAGAAAUGAAAACACCAUAUCCAACAGCACUAUUUGUAGUUCAGCCAGUCGCAGUAAUGCAUUUUACCAUUUCCUGGGUUCAAGGCACAUGGAGGGUUUACCUUCUCAGACUGACAACCACACACUCUGGAGAUGGAGGAGUGUGGAUGGCUUAAAGUCUGUAAGGCCUCAGGGACAGCGUGCUUGAGAAGGGAUGCCUUCACUGCUGCCUUUUCUGCAGGGCCCAGAGGCUGACUGAGGCCUGGUCAGGGUAAAUGUACCAUGAGCUUCCCAAGUGACCAUCAUGCUAGAGCCACUGAUGCCCAGCAAUAUAUGCCUUAUUUCUGGAGAUGCUUAUGGGGAGUCCAGUCCACGUGGGCUCAUGUUAGGCUUUGUUGUUGUUGUUGUUCCCCUUCCUUGCUAGAAAGCUGAUGAAAAUGAUGAUGCUGUUUUGGUGUGUAGCCCUGGUGUUUUGGGUUGGUCUGCUCGGGAGGAUGACGAGGAAGCUACCUUUGUCUUUUAAAGACCAACAGAAUGGUUCAUCCUUGGCAUGUGCUUUCUCUGUUAGUUCAUGCUGUGGCAGCUCAGAUAUAAAUUGCUACCGGUCCAGAAAUCUCGUGUUUCAUUAGCAUUUUACACUCUUCUCAUUUCAAGAUAGCCUACAUCUCCUGGAUUUCCCGUAUACAGGCCUGCCAUACCCACCCAGAAUUAUCCUCCAGCUGGAUUUUCUUGGCUUUUUGUGUUUACCUGUUAUCUCUGGAGAUUUAUCAUCUUAUUUGAAGUAACAGCACAGACCUGUCUAGGGGCAUGUGUCCUAAAAUGGGAGUGGGACCUACCCCCGAUGUGUCAGAUUUACUGCAUGUGCUCGGGCUGCCAGGACUCUGCAAGACUUUCUAGACACAGGCUGGAACAAAGUACGGCACUGUUAACUGCUCCAGUCUGAUAGCAUUUUGUGUGUGGUUUCUACUACACAGCUGUGAGGGCAGGGGAAGUCAGACUCUACCAGCUAUUUGGGUGACCUCUGGAACUGCUUUGUGGUGGAGCCGAGGCUUCAUCCCAGUCCUUGGCGGCAGAGGGAGACCUGCAUAUGGGCCCACACUGGCUGAAGUCACUUGGAAGCUUUCCAUUUAUUUCGCCGGGCUCUGGGCUAGGCCAUACCUGAGUUAUUCCAGCCAGAUGAUUUAUGAGGCAAUCUCAGCGGCAGCCUUGGAGGAGCUGGAUGAACACUUUGCCUCCCAGUCACAGGGUACAUACCGUGCUGCACAGGCAGGGCUGUCACAGAAAUGGUUUGUGCUUACUGAUGAAAAAAAAUCCCAUCUGUAGCUGAAGCGCAAAGGGCUGGCUUAUUUCAGCAAACGCCACCUGCUUUUUGUACCUCUUCCUGGGCAAUAAAAAGAUGUUCCAUGGCCAUUGGGUUUUGUCAUUUUGAUGUUGUAGCUGACACUGGAAGAAUUCAGCCUGGAGUUGGCUAGAGUGUGUGUGUGUGAAUCUGCAGUGAAGUACUGAGGUGAAACACUUCUUUAAGUGGGAGAAGACCUACUCCCGUGGGGCUUUCUUUAACCAUGAUGUUGAGGGCUAUGUAGGAUCUCCUGACAGGAGUUGUAGCAAUCUUAACUAAAGGACUCAUCUCCUUGCAGAUCAGUAAAGUAUUAAUAAGCAUAUGCUAAAAGAGAGAAAUUCAACUGUCAUCUGCAUUUGUGCUGUAUGAAAACUUAAUGAGAAGUGCGUUGCUUAUCUUCUGGACAAGUAAGACAGAAGAUAUUUGUUGCCUCAGUAUCUUAAUACGUUUGUAGUACAAGGAAAGUUCAUCCUUGUGAGGCACAAAAUAGGCAGUUUCUGUGCCUCUUCUGUCUAAGACAGCUUAGGUGAGGUUAAGCAAGUAUUAAUACUAGAUCAACACUGAAUGACCACAAGCAGCUUUUGAAACUGCUUCUUAUUGUUGAAAGAGUUAUCUCUGGGAUAGGGUAUAUACUGAGGACAAUUGUUAAACAUUGUUGGAAGUUUAAAAAUGAGCAUGAAUGGAUACUUUUAAAUUAUCUCCUACUUUCUGGAACAUGAGGGAUUGUCUAAGCCUGGUUGCACUUUCACUGAUGGUUUUCAGAGAUUGUGCUUUGAUUCAGACUUUUGUAACUGAAUGAAGAGAAUGAUCUCAACAAGAGUUUUCAAGGAGUGCAUGCUUAAACAUAUGAGAGGCUGACUUAAUAAUACUUAACAAAGAAUUUCCCAAUGUUCACCAUUUAUUUCAGAACAGUACUUCCAAAAACGUCUUCCAGAGGACUGUGCUUUGUUUAGUUUAGCCUUCUUUUGGUGCUAAAACACAAGCUACAGUGACUUUAUCUCUUCACGUUCUCUUUAUAUAUCCUGAAGUUUCAAGUUCAAGGGUUUCUGCUUGUCUUUCCAUAAAAUACCUUCUGCAAGAGCUGAGACAUGACAUAUUCUGCCCAGAAGUUAAAUAUUUUAAAAAAUGAAUAAAUAAGAUUAGAAGUGCAUGAGGAUUGAGUACAAAUUGAGACAAAAUAGUCCAGCUGUUAAUCUGUCUUCCCAGCUACCUUGCAUUUCAGGACUGACAGAAAAUAUUUGGAUUGUCAAGGUGAAUUUGGCCCUGCUCAUUAUGCUGAUCACUGUUUCUGGAAUUCUUGGAGCUCAUUCUUAACACAGGCAAAAAAACAUAAUUGAUUCAGUGCCUCCGUAAAGCCUGCCCUACUGUUGUCACUCUGAAGUGAGAGUGUAUAUUAGACACAUCUUCGCUAUGGUAGCAUUUCAGAUGCCCUGGAGAUAAUAACCAAACAUACACAAACCUGAGCAGAGCCCUACCAAUUAAUUUUACAGUGACUGUGCAUUUUGCAGGCUGUAUUUUCUUUAAAUGUCCUAAUGGAGAAGCGUUCUAUAAAAGAAGCCUUGUUCUUCCAAAUAGCUAGACAUGAGGAAUAUAGACUUUACUGAGCUAACCUCCCACAGUUCCUAAGCAGACAACAAAAUGGGCUCCUUAAUAUUUCAGAUAUUAAUCCCACAUGUAUGUUAAGAUUAUUCUAUAAUCUCUGUACUACAUCUACCACAGCAGCUAGGUUUUUAGGAGGAGAGCAUCCAGACAGCUGGCAAAAUGCCAUGUCUUUCACCUCUUUCGGCAAAAUGGCAAGUUUGCUUUAGAAGCACCAAAGAGUGUUAGAAAUUCUUGGGUGAAAAUCCCCCCUUCCUAUCCUAUAGCUUGCUAGCCCAACUACUCCCAAAAGCAGUCUAUCCUUCUGUUUUCUACUGUAUUUUUACUAGCUUAGCUAGUCUAAAGCCUUUGAUGAACUGGAUCUUAUUUAAAUGCCUACUAAAUGUGGGCAUUGAGCCAUGGUUUUUGGUGCUUGUUAUUGACUAUUUUAGUAUGCAUAUUUAAAAGGGUACCAGGAGUCAUAGGACAGUAUGGUAUUUCUUCAUGGUUUUAAGAAUUACUGAGGCAUAGGCACUGCACAAAGGAAAACAUGAGGCUGAAGGAAUGUAGCUGGCAUUGUACAUAUACGUCAAUGGCUGUCCUGUCAUAUUUAUGUGAAAAAUAACAUCUCUUUAGUAUCUUAUGUGCGAAUCGGCAGUAUGUAGUCAAUUAAGCUAAGAUAGACUGUAGUGUUCUUGCAGCUCUGUGCAUCUGCCAUUGUUUCCUCAGACACUGUAAAUCAUAACCAGCAUCAGAAUUUUCUCAUACAAAUGACUUCAGAAAUUCAAAAUGCAAAAAAGCCACGUUAACUCAACAUUGGCCUGAGGUUUGUGAAGGCUCGGAGACUUUGAACUUCCUGUAGCAGCCACAGAUGAGCUGUGUGCUGCCUUUGACUACAAGUACCUCUUUCCCUUGUAGGCAGGCUGGCACCCUAGUGCCCCUGGCAGCAUUUCCUGUCCUUUGGCAAGGAAUCAUAGAAUCACAUGAGUGUAUCAGAAUGCAUCAGCCCUUCAUGGAGGUCACUUUCUACAACAGCUCGGUUAACUUAGUAUGGCAGGGACCGUGGCUACUGUCCUAAAAUAAAUAAAUAAAUAAAUAAAAUAAAAAGCCAUAAUAAAGGACACUCAAGUUAUUCGUUCCUGGGUCUACUUUCUGUCAGACUCUUUCUCAGACAGGGAAAUCCCCCAUCUUCAUUGAUCUAGACACUCAGUAGCAAUUGGCAAACGACCCUUCAAGAGCCAAUGCUAAUGUUUGUUAGAUCCUUAGGCUUGUUCCUGCUCAUCAAUAAAAAAAAUUGAUCUGUAUUUUUGUUCUAGACAGUAAGUGUAUGUUCAGGCUCUCAGCUGUGCGGUCACUUCCCGCAUGCCCAACAUCCGCAACUAGCAAAGAGGAAGGGUCGAUUUAGUUCAUUGCCAGGCCAAAGGACUGUGUAUAUCUUAUUGCACAAAUAUAUAUGCUUAUAAGCAAGUUGGCCAAAAUGCCCUGUGCAUGUGGUGACACAACAUUGCAUCUGGAAGAGGUUUUGAGUAUAGGCUGCUGUGGAUGGAGAGUGAUGUUUAAUUUGCUCUAAGCAGAAGAGAAUAACUGAAAACUAGUCUCUAAACCUUCAAUUUUCCAGACUUUGUGUACAAAUGAUCUCUUAGCUGUUACAUCGCAAUGUCUUCUUUUUAGUGAAUAAGAACAUUGUUAAACUUGUUGCUUUAUUGUGUCACUGUUCUUCAGGGCAUUCUGGGCUCAGAAAAGGAAAAAUUUUAAGACACAAAAGAAACUGCAGCUAUUACCCAACCAUGAUACUCUUUCAAGAGUGACAUGAGUAUGAGUUUAGCUGGUGGGUUUCUAGGAGCAUCUGCUUCUCAGUGUGAGUUAAGAUUUUAUUAACAUCUUUAUGAACUGAUAUCUGAAAUUAAACUGGAAAAUCAGAUUUCCAUUUAAAAAGCUGAAGCCAAUUUGUUUGCAGGGAUAAUAGAAGUCAAAUGCUUCAUGUGAAUAAGCAUCGUAUAUAUGCACUAUCAAAUUGCUGGUAGCCUGGGCAAAGUUACCUUUUUACCGUUCACUGCAAAGAACUAUAUGGGGAAAAAUGUGAUGUGUAAAUUAUACUCCAAACUGAUUUCAGCUUGCAGAAGCAUCAUAUUUGGUCAAUUAGAUCCUGCAUUUUGGCUUUGUGCCUUUAAAGAAAUUUUUCAUUACUGAAGAUAAAUGCUUAUAAGCAGCUUUAUUUCUCUCAUGAUAACCUACUUAUUAGUUCGCAUUAAACAAAGAAAAUCCUCUGUGCCAGCAGACUGUCUUUGUGUGACUGAGCUCUUUCAUGAGACAUCAGGUGUAUGUGCUUCUUGGGCAACUUAAUUUAUCAGCACACAGCUGCGGAAAUACUCCUGCCAGAAAUAAGGUCAGUGGGCAACUGCCUCAUAGAAAAUAUGUCUGGUGACUGCACAGUCUCCGUGGAUACUGGCACACUGAGUGACCAGGGGCUGGUAACAGAAGUGGUACAGCUACACAUGAGAAAGAACAGUAGCUUUGUCAGCCUUGCGGUGGGGUCCUUCUCUUCCUGGGAAUCCGUGAGGGUGAUGAGAAGUGGAGAAGUAAGCAGGAUGUUUUUCUAUUCGUUUAUUGGAAAGUAUAAACCAUUGGGCUGUGUACUUGGCAGUUAAAGGUCAGUCUCAUUGAGGAUGACAUUAAGAAAAUAUAAAUAGAUGCUGUUUUUCUCUCCUUUAUGUCAAAACCUGUUGGUGAGACUAAAACGUGCAUAUUAAUAGUCUUUGUAGAAUGGGACUUUGUUGGAUAGUCCAUUGAAAAAUGGCCAGCAAAGUCUGACAUAGAAAAUCAAGGGAAGACUGUAACUCAACAGCUCGUUGUGACUGUUGUGACUUUUUGUUUAAAAAUGAACAAACAGACAAAAAAUAACAUUUUUUUUUAACCUGACAUUUGCUGAAUACAUACUUCAAUUUCCUUUAAGAUAAGCUUGUGACCCAUUUUCAAUUGAGACAAAAUCUAAAAGCCAGCAUGAACUGCUCUAGCAAGAGAUUAUGUUCUAGGUAACAAUGCUCUUCUUGUGCUGAGGCUGUAAGAGUGUUGCUGGAAACUGGUACUGAAAAGCAGGGAGUCUUCAGUGAUUUUAAAUGAAUUCUCUGUACUAACGCUUUCCUCUUCCGCCAGUAUGAGACAGCAGCUUGCCUACUGGUGUUUAAACUGAUUGACUCAAACAAGUAAUCCUUCUGUGAGCACUCUUUGUAUGAUAUAAACCUGAUGCAUAUCAUGGUAAAUUUUUAAGUCAAUUAAGUGCACACAGUGGAGAGUAACCACAUGAAUGUGGCUCAAGUUACUGCUUGUCAUCCAAGUCUCUUGCAAGGGAGGUAUCUCAUUGUGAAACUGUGUGGAAGAGUGAGCUCUUUUAUGUUUAGACUGAGAGGUUUGCACAGAUUUAAUUCACUUGAGGUAAACUGCUGCAACUUCUAUGUAUAGACAAGGCCUUCGUGACUGUGGAGAGGCAUGUUGGUAUUGGAGUCCUCAAUGAAGAACUUGUGUUGAUCUUCAGGGUUAAAAUUUUCCAUGCAAAUCUGUCUCCUCUCAUAGUUGCUUUUGUCUGCUGGUAACGUGAAGCUGCAGAGAAGUGGGAGGUAUGUGUCAUGGAUGUGGAGGCUCAGAUAACUGACCUACUUCAACCCCUUUCAGGAGAAGGCUGGUAUGAGAUGGAUGAAUGAGGUUUUAUGCAUAUCCACCAAUUGCUGCUGACCUCAUGUCAAGAAAGGCAUGUCCAAGACUUGCUGUAAGUCACUGUGAAGUCAGCAAAUGGCUACAGCUAUUCCUGGUCCUGCAGCAGGCUUCUUGCAGUAGCUUGGACUGUUGUUUCUAGCCGUUUCAGAGGGGUAUCCUGCAAAGAUGGUGAGAGAAACUAUAAAGAAAAAUCAUAAUUUUGCUUUUAAAGUGAGAAAAGCAGUGCAGGAGUAUCUAAGAACACAGGCACCCACUUGUUCAGUAAUCAUAGUGCCUCUUACCACUAAAGGAUUUCCUUUGCAUAAUAGCUUAAUUCUUAGAAAUGUCAUUUUAAUACAUUUACUUAUUUUUAAUGGAAGGAGGGGUGCUUUUGUAAAGCAAAACCUUGACUUCAGUGAUCAGACAGUGCUUCACAGGAGCAAACUGUUUUCAUUUAUAACAUUGCCCUCUAGUAAUAAAGGCAAAAUCACAUGCUCUGUGUACCAAUCCUGGAUAUUUCUGAAAAGCACUAUUAAAACACGGUAGUGAGAAAAGAUACAGGGUUGGAAGUUAUGUGUAGAGCAGAACUGCUUCCUGAUAUAGAAAGCUUCCUGAUAUAUAAAAUAAGCCUUUUUCCACUUGCGUUCUCUGAACAGAGGAAAAGAAGGAGGUGCUAUAAACAACUUUCAGUGAAGUGGAAUUUUGGUGAAAUAAAAACAAACCUCAUAAACUUUUUUUUUCCAGCAGCCUUCAUGCAAAUUCAAAAAGUUUUCAGCAAAAAACAGCUAUCAGAUAUUCACAACAAGGCUUACAGUUGUGAGGUUGACCACCAAGUAAGACUGCCUCUACUUCUCCUACUGCUUAUCAUCUUGUGAGAGGACCAGAGUACAGUGAAGACUUAAGAGGGCAGCCCUUCUGGCCAUUUGUAUGCAGGUGUUACUAUGCCACAUCGUGAGAUGGUUAUUCCAUUGCAUUUGUAUGCCACAUCAUGCAAUCCCUUGAGAUGAAAUUGUCAACUCCCAGCCUAGUUUUCUCCCUUUCCUCCUCGAAGAAAACUUUUCUGACAAAAAAUUGAAAGGAAAAAAGUUGUGUGUGCUUUCACAGAUAAAAUGGCUGAACAGAUAUUUUCACAAGAGCAUGGAGUCCUCAGGAAUAGCAUUGCUGCAGUUUGUUUGGAAUAGGUUUCUUUUUACUAACCUGCACCUGCUAAACUGAACAGUUCUUGCUGCUUUACAAGUUCAUUGUCAGCCCAUACAAAAUGACAAGCUUUUUUAGGCGCUGUUGCUCAGAACAUUCCCAAGAUUCUCCAGCUGGCUAUUAGUGCUCUGUCUUAAUAAGGCAGCACAAUAGCCACGAAAGACAAGGAGAUGACUUUUCUAAACAUUGGCUACACAUGGAUUCCUUUUAUGGUCCAGCUUGUGCAGUGGGGUAUUCCGCUGAAGGUCAGCAACAUGGAUAACAAAGUGCUUCCCACUGCAGCUUGCCUUUUGAGCGCAGGCAUCACGGUUCCACAUGUACGGCCUGCUCUGAGAGGGAGAGAAAGACAUAGUUGGUAGGGAAAUGUAGAAAAAGGGCAAAAAGGCUGUGGAGUGCUGUGUAUUUUGUAUGGAUGCUAUUGCUGUGUUCACCAUGGCUGCAGGAUGAAGUUGUCAAUGCCAUGUGCAGAAGAAACGUGCAUGUGCUGGGCUGGUAUUUUGUACCAAAAAAAAAAAAAAAAAAAAAAAAAGAAAGCCCCCCUGAAAAAUUUCUCUGUAAGGUUUCAGAGUUCAGGUCAUCCCUCAAAAACACCAAGGGCAAAUUUUUAUGUCAUGCCCAUGAAUAUGGCUUUUCAUUCUUGCAACAAUAUGGGAUAGCAUGCUAAUGACCUUUUCAAACCAGUGAGUUAUGAUGGCUGGAGGGGUUGUCUGUGCUGCUGCAAUGCCACAAGAUGAAUUAAUUUAAGCAAAAGGGUUUUUUAUUUUUUUUUAUUUCCCCUCCCACCUCUUUCAUUCCAUACAAGCUAGUGAGUCUUUUCCCUCCUUAGCAUGUAAUCGACUGACACUGGAAAGUUGAAUAAGAUCCUUCAGGGCUAUUGUCUUAUUACUUACAAAAAUAUUUCAGGGAAUGAGUGAGUCAUUUCAAUAUUUCUGAAGAGAAAGGAUAUAUUGGCUAUUAAUUUAAUAUGAGAAAUCCCCUACUAAGUAAUGAAAAUCUAUCUCAUCUUGUUUUGUCAGGCCUGAAUGUAUGUACAGGAUAUCCAUAAAUUGAAUGAAGAAAAUAUAUCUUUAAGGCAAAACAGAAAUGUUUAGGCAUAUUCAAUAGGUCUGUAAUCUAAUUUUUCUUCUACUGAUUAUUGUCAGGUGGGUUAAUACAAUACCUAAUAAACCAUGUCAGUGAAAGACUUUGUGUCACCAGCUCUGACACUGAGAAAGGAGAAGCACUUGAAGGUGUUUUGGUGACUCACCUCUUAGAAGUCAAACUUUUUUCGUCUGUCUUGCUGUUGCUUCACUGUCCACAACCUGAUUUCACCUAUCAUGCACAUAUUAUAUUUACAAUGAAAUCCUGAUGCAGUGACUUUGAUAUCAUCAUAGGUCUUGCAUGUUUGUGGUUAUGCUGGCUUUGAAGGAAAUGUGACUUCUCAGUUUGUUGGCUGUAUGGUUUUACUGGAUAUAAUAUCUCACUUUGAGAACAUAAUGGCAUAAAUGUGCACAAGUGGAGCAAAGAUCACAAGACAUGCAGUUUGGUUAAUGAGAGCUCCUAAACUCUUGUCAAUGUCUGCUGAUAACAGAAGAAAUCUGAAAUAGAAAUGAUUACUAAAUAAUACUUUUUAAGGCAGAAAAGAGCUAUGUUGGCCCUCAGUUAAACUCAGAGGGUGAAUUUAGUAGGCUGCGUCAUUCCUUCAUAGCUGUUCCAUAUUAUGCUGCAUUCACUAUUUUAAAACUUGCUCUCACAUGUUUCAGUCUGAAUCCUGUUUUCAGUGGUUGUGAGUUUAGCAAUUACUCUGAAUUUAAGGAAUUGGUAUAACGGAGAACAGAGAUCAUUUGUCCUGUUGUCAUUGUACUGCUAGAAGAGAAAAUAUUGGUAAGAUGUCUUGGUGACUAGGAAUGACUUUUCCGUCACCAACCUGUCUUCCUUUAUUUAUUGGUUGUUCUUUCCUCUUGGGGAAGAACUUGGGCUGUACCCUGUCAUCAGUUUUUAAGCCAAAUUCUUUAUGGAAGUCAAUAGGGAGUCCUGCGCAAAGGGAAAUGACAUAAUGUUGCCCUUUAGUCCUACCUACCGAGAAGCAGACUUGGGAAAAAUACACAUUUUCCUAAUUACUGAGCACUGAAUUUACAGCAUAUGUUCAUUUUCUAUCGACAUCCGGCAGCUACCCAACAUAUUGUAAAUUGGGCCAUUUGUAUUCAAGACAAUUGUUUUUAAUAAAAAUAUUCUGAAUGUUGUCUUUAUUUGGAUUACAUAUGGUAAAUAUUGAGGUCUUCACUGUUCUGAGGUGAAGAAUGAGCCAUUUUUAUGAGAGACAUUGACUGUUAGCUAAAAUGUCUCCUUGUCCUACUGGAGUACAUGAUGAGUUAGUAGGCUGCCACAUUUUACUCAAGCAAUAAAUGCAUUUUGCUGGAGAUAUGUCUCUGUAGUUUGCAGCGCACUUUCCAUAUGAAAGUGUGAACGUAAGCUGAUAUCAUCUGAAUUGUCAACUUUUACAGGAGAAAUGCUUCAGCUUCUGUGCCUAAUGGCCUACUUUUACAGUGACAUUAAGUCGCUCCUCUGUAGGGCAGGAUGAAUAGAGUUGCAGAAGGGUUUUGAAAUUGGGACUUUUAAAAUAAGACAAUCCAUUUGCUUGCUAAAAUUCAGACUCUUUAAGUGCUUAAGUAGAUGAAGGAAGACUGUAAGCAUAAGGGAUAAAGAUAAAACGCAGCUAGAGGGGAAUGCUUCAAAGAUAGCUUGAGGAGACUCCUUAAUUUGGGAACAGUAAAACCACUAUAACGAUUUUUACCCCUUCUCUUUAGCACUGGAUUGUGUUUGUUAUGGCAUAAGCUGUUUUCAUAUACUUCAUAACCUUACCAGCUGAGAUCUAGGCAAUCUUUUUUUUCAUCACCCAGGUAACAUGGCAGUGCAAUUCACUUAGCUUUGCUGAUAGCGAACUAAGAGCAAUUCACUGACACAGCCAAAAACCUAGUAAAUGGGAUGGAUGAAACCUUUAUUCUUGCCUAUUUAUCUAUUAGAUUUUUCUCCAACCUACAGCUGCAGAAUUUUGAGAAUUUGGAGAAUCACCCAAGCCAGAAUUUUCAGCAUCAGCAUUUCGGUAUUGGUCAUUAUUAGAAGUAGUCAUGAAAUAUCAUCUUUCACAGUAGGCCGCAAUAAUCCACCUCUGUAAGUUUUAUGGUCUUUAGAUUGCAGGACGGCCUGCAUCUGUUGAUUACAUUUAAGUAAAACUUCAUGCUCAUUUUGUAGCAUGGAAAGUUAGAUGCAGACCCUUUGUUUAUCUCUGCCGCUCACAACCAUGUUGACUUCUGGAUGGUGAUAUGGAAAUGUUACGGUGAAUGUGGUGAUAAUUUCCUGGACUGAAAGUCUGAUAAUGCUAGACUUGUUAGAUGUUGGGUGCCAGGCACUGAGAUGGCAUGAGCUGUUUUGCACAGCGUGUAGUCUGUUUGUGGGACUGGCCUGCUCUUAGUCUGCUGAAUACUUACAGAGGCUGGGGAUGAGCAACAGCACCUCCUUGUAGCCCUUUUCCUCUGGAUUUUAUGAGUUUUCACGUGAUAUGGCUUUUGUUUAAGGCAGUCGGAAGUGUCUUUCAAGUGCCUCCAAGCUUUAGAGGCACAUCUUGAAAGGCCAGUUGAUAGAGUACUUUAAUGCAUUACUGAUUUGUCUGUGUGAGAGAACGAUGUGGAAGACAUCUGGAGACUUGUUCUGGCCAAGACUAACAAACACGAUGCUGAUUUUUUUGGGAAAGUAAUCAGAAUAUAGGGCAGAAAUCAUACCAGACCCUUUGACUGAAAAUACUUUUGUGCCAUUUGUGAACUGGAUUCACCAUCUGGGUUAGCAGCUAUGGUCAUAUCAGAUUAUUAUUUUUUCCCUGUUUUUGUCUCACUCUUUUCUUUUUUUUUUUUUUUCUUAAACCAGAACCAUGUCCCCGUUUCUUGUAAAUGUGCCUUUGUCAUCACGGGUUUAAGCUGUCAUAAUACAUUUUUCCUCGAGCUCCAUCUUUAAUCACUUAGUGGCAGACCUGGGAAUAGAAGCCAUGCCUUUGCCACAGGACCAUCAGCUCAGUAAGGCAGAGAACAGCUGUGAGCUUUCCUACAGAGCAGCCUGGUCUGCACUUUGCAUGUAAGCUGUGUUUCCAGCAUCUCAUAAAGUAGGACAAAUACAGCUUCACCUUUUAAUAUACAGAAGUGUGUCUCAGAAGACACAGAACUGCUUGCAGCCUUUAUGCAGAGAAAGGGAACGUGGCAGUUGAGCUUGUAUAUUUAGUGAACAUUGUGAACAAAUAAUAAAUUAAGACUUACUUAUAGGAAAAAAAAUAAGUCACUUAUGUAACUCAACUCCCUUUGCUAGACUUCCUCCUCCCUAGCCACGCUCCCCAUUAUUUAUCAAUUAAAUAUGCUAGGAGUAUUGAGCUGCUGACCACAGAAUUGGGGAGGGGGUGGAAUAAUGGUUAUUAUACUGUUCUAAAAGCCAUAAUACCGAAUACCAGAAAGAAUGAGAGUCAGAUGUAGAUGAUGCUGUUGAGUUGCCACUGGUAGAACAGAAUGUACUGUACUAUCCAGCAAUGGUUGCUGCUUUGUCUAAAACCAUAUACUAUGAGUGAACUGUCAUGUCAGUCUGUAGCAUUUGUGUGGUUUAUAGGCUUCUCAUUACGUUGCUAAACUGUGUGCAAUAGAUUAAAGUGCCAUUAAAAUUCCAUGUCUCAAAACAUUUUAUUCUGCUGUGCUAACUUCCCUCUGCUUCCAUGGAAAGUUACGUGUAUGUGAAGACUCUUAGCAUUCAGGAAAAGGUUUCUGUUUGUUAUUCCUUCUAUGGAUAAAAUUCUCAUUGAUUUCAUCUUAAAAAAUAAAAAAAAAAAAAGAAGAAGAAGAAAGAAAGGAUGGAAGUGCAUUGUUUUUUAAUCAAGCCAUGUAAUAGUAGGAGAUUUUGGUGUCUGGGAGAUAGAAAAGAGUACUGAAAACUGGAAAAGCUAUCUCAAACCCUUUUUUGCAAAUGAAAAUGGGGGAGGAGGGAUAGUUGUCCAUUUCCUGCAAGGUAACAAUGAACAACUCCAGUUUUCUUCAGGUGGAGAAAACUCUCUGAAGUGGUAAAUUGUUCCAUUAAGAAAUAUGGGUAGAACAUGUCCUGAAAGAGAGCAAAAUGCUCUGUUCCUGGAGGAGAGGAUAGGGAUGAUGUUAUCACUGUGAAAUAUGUGCUGCUGCAACAUGAAUCACUUCAGUGCUUGGGUUCUCUCUGUGUUAAUCAAAUCAUCCUUAGCAACCCCUCUUUUUUUUGCUAUUCUUAACUUUAGGUCAGUGGUGUUUCAUUACUAACUAUCUGGAGUCACAAAUUAGAAACCAGCACCAGAAAUUUGAACUGAAUCUGAACUUAAAAUUAGUUUAAGCUGUUAUUCUUUUCUCGAAAUGAAACUCAGUCCAAAUCAUUAAUUUAAAAUGUCUCUUUUUAAUUCAAAUCUUAACUUGAAUUGAAGGAACCAGACCCAAGCCAAACCGAAGCUGAGCUUAAAAAUAUACAUUACUUGAACUUCAUGAUCAGUACUAUACCCCAAAUUCCUUUAUGCAUAGACAGUGAAGAGAAGGCCUCUUGUCUGAAAUUCUUGGAGAGGGAGUAUGGCUGAUGGAGAAGCGCUGAACAUUCAGUAAGAGUGAGGCAAUUACAAGUAACAGUUCAGUUAAUUAGCUAUGGAGUCAUUAGCAUAUGUGAUCCAGGCACAUUAAAAGAUGGAUUUCAUAGGGAGAUCUAAGGAGGGAGAAAAUAAGAUGUCUGACGCCUACCCUUGCACCCCAAGAUACAACUGCCAGCCUAAGACUGGAGGUAGAAAUCAAAGAUGUAAUUCCUAGCAGAGUGUACAGUGGGCUGUUGGUCACCCUGUUAGAUACGUACACUUUACCAUGUAUAGUUGGUGAGGACACUGGCCUUUUCCUCCAUUCAUAUCACAGGUCUACUCUGCCCUAGAAAGAGCUUGGCAGUACCUACUCUCUGAUACCAUGAAGUAUCUCUGCAAAAUCUUCCAUGGAUUUCAACAGUAUAUUUCCAAAUUAAUCGCCUUCUAAAAAGUGUUUAGACUAGUUCAAAUCUGAAGGCAAACAAGACAGUAGAGAUGUAUAUUGGUGACUACUGGAAGUGAUUAGUCCUUCUUUCCUUCAAGUGCUGCAUGUCAGCCCUAUCUGCUUUCCUCCUCUCUGUUCCCAUUCUAUUCUGAAUGUUAGAUGCCUCAAAACUGAGGUUGAAGCUCUCCACGUGUGCCAGCAGUUGCUUACUUACUGCACAGAUAUCUUCCACUUUCUGAAGAUGUAUGGUGCUUUGUGUUCCAUCUUCUUUUAAAUUUAAACAGGUUCCCCACAUUUCCCAGUCAUUCCAAAAGGCCAGAACUAGUGGGAAAAAAAAAAAACCAAAAACAAAACCCAAAAUCAAAAUGUCAAAGAACAGGAAACUGAAUCAAUUUUUAAAGAUUUUCCUGUCUGAUGGGUUCCCAGCAAACCCUGCCCAUGUCACUCUGCUCUGGGUGGUUUCCCAGCAGUAUGGGAUUAUAUUCAUGGCGCAUGGCUUGACAGAGGGUCCCAGCAUGGUCUCCUCCCGGCUCGUCCCAGGCACUCUCUGCACAGAGGUGCCGAAUAACUUGCCUGCUCUUUAUUUCAGCUCAGCUUUGCAGGAACUCCGACACUGGCCAUUGUGACAAUGGGUCUUUGGCUUGUGAUAAAUACCUUCCCCCCCCCUUUAGUAUUUAAUGGUCAGUUGUCAGCAUCCAGGAAAACUGUGUUUAGACGGCAUUGGAAACAGGUACCAAUAUGGUUAGCUGAUGCAAGAGUGGUUUAUUUUCCAUUUUAAUAGUUCUUUAAACAGGUCAUGCAUUGGUAUACAGCUCCUUUGUUGGAAUAAAAAUCUUUGUCAUAGGCUGCAAGACAGCUAAAAAUAGCUGUGGUGAGUAUUUAUGCUGAGGAUAAUCUCAAGAGAAGGUAUUUUUAACUUUGCAUGCUGUUUAGAAUAGGAAAUUCUUUUAAUGCCCACAUUUUCCAUUCCUAUUGCCAUUAGCUUUUCCCCACCCCUCUUAUGAUGUGGGCCUUGCACUUUCUUUCUCCCUUUCAUUUCUUUUAAAGUUCAAGGUUAGAGCCAAUCUGCUCCAGAGGCAGACUUGAGUUUAUUAUUAUUUAAAGAAAAUGCUAACUUUGGCCUUUUGCGACUGUAUGGGAAUUCAGUUCAUUUCAUGGGGCUAUCAGAAUGUAAACAAGAUAUCUCACUAAGCUGUCACUGCAAAUUGGGUAAUGAAUGAACACUUUAUUUCUCUAGCACAUGGAACUAAUGCGCUUGUUAGAAUAACAGUGGCCAAUCUAUUUUAUACUCCCAUGGAAAGUAUUCCACUUUUUUUUGGCAAGUUUGUGUGAGCCGCUACUUGUACCAAUACUCAAGCUAAUGCUGAGGGAGAGAGAAAAAAAUAGUAGUGUCAGGCUGAACUGUACUUAUAACUUUAAAAUAUGGCUCCCAGCAAAGCCCAGUCCUACAUGACUCAAUAAAUAACUGUGACCUACCUAAUAGUCAAAUGUUGUGUUGAGAGAAAGUGCUGUGUAGACUGUGGGCCAAAUUCAAUGCAGGUAUAGGUUGACACACUUAAUGUGUAGCCUUUGAGAGGAGCUCAUAGCUGACCUGUGAGCAGUUGUACAGCCAAGUUAGACAAUUUUUUUUUCCUUAAAAAGAAAAUAUAGAUAUUGUUUUUAAUCUUAAAAGAGACUAGAGCCGCACAGUUAAUGGAACUCAGGUAGCUUUGCAAGUGAAGCCUAAGGUGAUCAGUAUGAAUUUUCAGCUAAUUACACAUUUCAUGCCUGUAAGUCAGAUGAGACGUGUCCUGUCCAGACAGGCAGAUUUUUAAAGGUAUUUCAAUAAACAGAGAAAGGGAGAGGCACCUUGUGACAUUCUCUGAAACCUCUGUCGAUCUCUACAGGGGCUUUGCAGAAGCAGAUCUGCACACACUCCUGACAGUGUCACACAUGCUCCCUUCUACUGCUGUCAGCUGCAGAGCAUCCUUUUGGCCUCUAGUGAUUUUGAAGGUGAAAAAUACAUGUUUCAAGGCUCUCCUCCACUGUGAUGAGGUGAUGAGGAUAGGUAGGAUCUGUGGCCUAUGAGCCACCUACCCUGUUUGACAAACAGCGCUGUUGACUUUGUGGAAACUGUGUUGACAGCUCAUCUUACUGUCAGGUUUGGAUACUAUGUAUUUGUUGCAUCAAUAUGUAGGUAGAUGUGUGCACAUGACUUGCAGUUCUGGAACUCUGACAUCCCUGACAAAAGGGAUGGCAGCCGCACAGCCUGCCUGCAGUGCUGACAAUGAGAGAGAGAAGAAUCUUGGAGGAUGGAAGAGCUUUUUUAGUGCAGACUGCACCUUGGCUUGAAAGGCUUGCCAAGUGAGCAGUGUGACGUUCACAAAGAUCAGGGUCUAAUUUCCCAUGUGUAAAGCUGUUUCCCAGAAGAUAAGAGGUUAUUAAAUACUACUGCUAAAUAGAAAAUGUAACCUUCAAAACAGUUGUAAACAUUAGGGAAACAUGCUGUCUACUUCCUGGCUGGAGAGAAGUUGGGUGCUCAGAUAGGCCUCGCUGGAGAAACUGUGGUAAACAUCAAGUUGCCAGGCCAAAGGACUGAGGUCUCCUGCCCCGAGGCAGCUGAUGACCUAAUACAGGCAGGUUUCUGUAGUCCUGGGAGGUCUUUGCUGAAAGCCAUCAACAAUCCACGUGGGGAGGAGCCUAGGGAGUAGAACUGAUGAGCAUGCUGUAAACUCAGCUACCCUGGGGGGCUCUUGCCCUGGGUGAACAAAACCUGUGGGGAGCAGCAAUCAGUGGGAUGCAGGACUCAGCUAGGAUCAGCACUGGCCAUCAUAUUCCAGCAGCGAGGCCAGAAACUGUCAGAAUCAGCAAGGAGAAAGCUGGUGGAUUGCAGCCACGCUGAGUACUCUCAAGAAAAAGGCACAGGGAGCGUGAUGAAAUUUUUCUGCAUGUGCCAUAGUCUUGACAUAGAGGCAGCUUUGCUGAAUUAGCUCUUAUGGGUGCCAGGUGUAAUGUGUCCACUAAAAUCUGGCUGGAGACCACCAAGUUCCUCACAUUCUCACUUUAUGGGAUUUAGUCAAAUUAUUUCUUUUGCAGUUACCUUGCCUUUCUUAUCUGAUGAAACUGUGGCUACAUUAAAUUUUAGAAUUUUGCUCCUUUCUCUGUUGUCUAGAAUGUGACAAGAUCAAAUUUCCCCCUUACUACCCAUUAGUAGCUUAAUUUUUUUUUUUUUACAUGAAGUUUUUUCAACAAUAAAAUCCCUCCAAGGCUGCAGUUACAUAAUAUUCAAGGUCACAGUAAUCAUAACAGAAUCCAUCUCACUUAGUAGUAGUGCACUCAUGGAAAUGAAAAUGCCCCAGCAGGGCUUUUUUUUUUUUUGCAGGAUUUUGCUGCUGCACACAUAAUUUGUAAGACUCGAUCCAUGAAUGACGAGGCUAUUUUUAGGCCCACUGCAUUUAGCUGUUUGUAUCUUCAAUUUUUUUUUUUCCUUGCAAGAUGGAAGCAAAAGGCAUGCAGUUUUAAGACUGUCCUACCAGAGAAAUGAUGAUGAUGAGGAAGAAGCUGCCAGAGAACGUCGUCGACGAGCUCGACAGGAAAGGCUGCGGCAAAAGGAAGAAGGAGAUGUAUCAGGGGAAGUAACAGAGAAAUCAGAAGUUAAUGCCCAGAACAGUGUGGCAGAAGAAGAAACAAAACGUAGUACAGAUGAUGAAGCUGCAUUGUUGGAGAGACUGGCAAGACGGGAAGAGAGACGCCAAAAACGUCUACAGGAAGCCCUGGAACGUCAAAAGGAAUUUGACCCAACGAUCACAGAUGGGAGCUUGUCAGUGCCCAGCAGGAGAGAAGUAAACAAUGUGGAAGAAAAUGAGACCACAGGGAAAGAGGAAAAGGUUGAAACACGCCAAGGACGCUGCGAGAUUGAGGAAACAGAAACAGUUACCAAAUCGUACCAAAGGAACAAUUGGAGGCAAGAUGGAGAAGAAGAGGGAAAAAAAGAAGAAAAAGACUCAGAAGAGGAGAAACCAAAGGAGGUACCCACAGAGGAAAAUCAGGUAGAUGUGGCAGUAGAAAAGUCCACAGAUAAAGAAGAGGUGGUAGAAACAAAAACUCUAGCUGUAAAUGCAGAGAAUGAUACAAAUGCUAUGCUGGAAGGGGAGCAGAGUAUAACUGAUGCUGCAGAUAAAGAGAAGGAAGAGGCUGAGAAAGAAAGGGAGAAACUUGAGGCAGAAGAAAAGGAGAGGUUAAAAGCAGAAGAAGAAAAGAAGGCAGCUGAAGAAAAACAGAAAGCAGAGGAGGAAAAGAAGGCAGCUGAGGAAAGAGAGCGGGCUAAAGCAGAAGAGGAGAAGAGAGCAGCUGAGGAAAGAGAGAGGGCUAAGGCAGAAGAGGAGAGGAAAGCAGCUGAGGAAAGAGAGCGGGCUAAGGCAGAAGAGGAGAGGAAAGCAGCUGAGGAGAGGGCUAAGGCAGAAGAGGAAAGGAAAGCAGCUGAGGAGAGGGCUAAGGCAGAAGAGGAAAGGAAAGCAGCUGAGGAGAGGGCUAAGGCAGAAAAGGAGAGGAAAGCAGCUGAGGAGAGAGAGAGGGCUAAGGCAGAAGAGGAAAAGAGGGCAGCUGAAGAAAAGGCUAGGUUAGAGGCAGAAAAAUUAAAGGAAAAGAAAAAGAUGGAAGAGAAGAAAGCCCAAGAGGAAAAAGCUCAAGCAAAUUUGCUAAGAAAACAGGAGGAAGACAAAGAGGCUAAAGUGGAAGCUAAAAAGGAAAGCUUACCAGAGAAGCUUCAACCUACCUCCAAAAAAGAUCAGGUAAAAGACAACAAGGAUAAAGAAAAAGCACCCAAGGAGGAAAUGAAGAGUGUCUGGGAUCGUAAAAGGGGAGUUCCAGAACAAAAGGCACAGAAUGGAGAACGUGAACUCACUACCCCCAAACUUAAAUCUACUGAAAAUGCUUUUGGACGCUCCAACUUGAAAGGAGCUGCAAAUGCUGAGGCUGGCUCCGAGAAGCUGAAGGAGAAACAGCAGGAGGCAGCUGUGGAGCUGGAUGAGCUGAAGAAAAGGCGGGAGGAGCGCCGGAAAAUCCUGGAGGAAGAGGAGCAGAAGAAGAAACAGGAGGAGGCUGAGAGAAAAAUCAGAGAGGAGGAGGAAAAGAAGAGGAUGAAGGAAGAAAUUGAAAGGAGAAGAGCUGAAGCUGCUGAGAAACGUCAGAAAGUGCCAGAAGAUGGCGUAUCUGAAGAAAAGAAGCCAUUUAAAUGUUUCAGUCCUAAAGGUUCAUCUCUCAAGAUAGAAGAACGAGCAGAAUUUUUGAACAAAUCCGCUCAGAAGAGUGGUAUGAAACCUGCCCACACGACAGCAGUUGUCUCAAAGAUUGACAGUAGACUUGAGCAAUAUACUAGUGCAGUUGUGGGCAACAAGGCUGCAAAACCCGCCAAACCAGCAGCCUCUGACCUUCCUGUUCCAGCUGAGGGUGUCCGUAAUAUCAAGAGCAUGUGGGAGAAAGGGAAUGUUUUUUCAUCACCUGGGGGAACAGGAACACCAAAUAAGGAAACUGCUGGACUGAAAGUUGGUGUCUCCAGUCGUAUCAACGAAUGGCUAACCAAGACCCCAGAGGGUAACAAAUCGCCUGCUCCAAAACCUUCUGAUUUAAGACCAGGAGAUGUAUCCGGCAAACGUAAUCUCUGGGAGAAGCAGUCAGUUGAAAAGCCAGCUGCUUCUUCUUCAAAGGUAACAGCUACGGGGAAAAAAUCAGAGACUAAUGCAGGUUUGAGACAAUUUGAGAAAGAACCGUAGAAGGCUACUAAAGACGCUGGACCAAUCAGUUGGGG